UUUAAUAUUUUAAGCUAAUAGUUUAGUUUAUUUCAUAUUGUUCAGUUGUAAGUAACUGCUUCUCUUUAAUUUAUGUUAUUGGGCUGCUUUAAAUACUUUGAACAAGGACUGAGGAAUCUUGGUCUUUGAAUUUUCAAGUCAUGAUCAGAUAAGAAGCUCUGAGUUUUUCUAGAAGUUGAAUUUUAUUUGUUAAUUCCUCCAUUUUUAAAAACAUUUCUGGGUUCUUUGAGCCUUGUGUGUUGGAUUUUGUGUUAUAUCAAGUGGUUUCUUUUUUCUCUCCUUGAAGUUGUGAGCUUUUGUACUUGUGCUAGUGGAGAAGAUCAGAUUGUUGGAUUUUACUCAGGAAAAUUAGAUUUAUUCCUCAACAGACAUCAAAUGCUUUAGGAUUUGCAUACUAGACUAUACAGACCUUAAAAUAGGCCAUUAUGUUGGUGCAACUAUGAAUGGGCCGUUCAAAAAGAUGGUGUCAAAUUGUGGAGCCCUUGCCAUUCCUGCUGCUACUUUGAUCUAUCUGCUCUUGAGUUGCACCGUCUGCUGUGCUCUUCAAAGUGACAUUGAUUGUCUGAAAUCUACUAAAAGUUCGUUAGAAGACACAUCCAAUAGCUUAGCUUCAUGGAAUUUCAAUAAUCAGACUGAAGGUUUUAUCUGCAAAUUUACUGGGAUUGAGUGCUGGCAUCCCGAUGAGAACAGGGUUCUGAGUAUCCGUCUUCCGGACAUGGGCCUCAAGGGCGAGUUCCCACGCGGUAUUCAGAAUUGCUCAUCUUUGACAUCAUUGGAUCUUUCAAACAACAAGCUCAAUGGAAGUAUUCCGCCUAAUAUCUCCCAAGUUAUAGGUUUCAUGGUGAACCUUGAUCUAUCCUCCAACCUACUAUCGGGAGAAAUCCCUGUGAAUCUUGCAAAUUGCUCUUAUCUGAAUGGCCUUAAACUCGAUAACAACCGGUUAAGAGGUCAAAUUCCUCCCGAGAUUGGUCUGCUUGGUCGACUGAAUAUGUUUAGUGUAGCAAACAAUCAAUUGACUGGGCCAGUUCCAAACUUUAUAAAUGCAACUUUUCCUGUUGAGAGUUAUGCCAAUAAUCCAGGACUGUGCGGAAAUCCUUUGCCUGUCUGCCGGGGUCCUGCAAAGAAAACUCCUAUUGGACUCAUUGCUGGUGUAACGAUUGGUGUGGUGACUGUAGGUGCUGUAGCCAUGGCCAUCGGUAUGUUCUUUUACCUAAGAAGGGUGUCCAGGAAGAAGAAAAAGGACGACGAUCCUGAGGGGAAUAAAUGGGCAAAGACUAUUAAGGGCGCCAAAGCGAUCAAGCUUUCAAUGUUUGAGAAGUCUGUUUCAAAAAUGAGACUAAGUGAUGUCAUGAAGGCCAGUGACAACUUCAGCAAAAAUAAUAUUAUUGGGUCAGGAAGAACAGGAGCUGUCUACAGAGCAGUACUUGAUGAUGGCACUUCUCUUAUGGUUAAGAGGUUGCAGAAUACUCAACAUUCGGAGAAAGAAUUUCUGUCUGAGAUGGCUACUUUGGGAAAUGUUAAGCACCGUAACUUGGUUCCUCUUCUGGGGUUUUGCGUGGCUAAGAAAGAAAGGCUGUUGGUUUACAAGGACAUGCCAAAUGGUAACCUGCAUGAUAAGUUACAUUUGGUUAGUGAAGGGGACAGACCUCUAGAGUGGCUUUUGAGAAUGAAAGUCGGCAUUGGAGCAGCCAAAGGAUUUGCGUGGCUCCACCACAAUUGCAAUCCUCGUAUUAUCCACAGAAACAUUAGUUCUAAAUGCAUCUUAUUGGAUGUGGAAUUUGAGCCAAGAAUAUCGGAUUUUGGACUUGCUCGGCUCAUGAAUCCAAUUGACACUCAUUUGAGUACUUUUGUCAAUGGAGAAUUUGGGGACAUGGGUUAUGUCGCUCCAGAGUACUUGCGAACGCUUGCGGCUACACCAAAAGGUGAUGUCUAUAGCUUUGGUGUUGUACUUCUUGAGUUGGUAACGGGUGAGAGGCCUACUUACGUGACCAAAGCUCCUGAGAGUUUUAAGGGAAAUUUGGUGGAGUGGAUCACUCAUCUCUCGGGUGAAUCUAUGCUUCAAGAUGCAAUUGACCGUUCAUUGUGUGGAAAAGGUUAUGAUGAUGAGGUCUUCCAGGUUCUUAAAGUUGCUUGUCGAUGUGUAUUGUCUGAACAUAAGGAGAGACCCUCAAUGUUUGAAGUGUACCAGCUGCUGACAGCCAUAGGAGAACGAUAUAAUGUCACUACAGAAAAUGAUAUUUUGAUGCUUUCGGAGACUGAUGAUGGUUUUCAGCUGGAGGAACUCAUUGUUGCUCAAGAUGUAAAAGAGACUUUAUAGUAGAAUCAGUCCUAUGUAAUUGUAAGAUUUUGUUCUAUUGUAUUAUCUUCUAUCCUAUACAAGUACCACAUUCAAUAUA